AUGGCUGAAGAUUUACAAAAUGCAACUCCGAAUAUUAUCAUCAAUGGCGACCAGCCAGAAAUAACAUCUCAAUAUUAUGACGAAUCUGACGAAGAAAAUUUAGACAAAAAGGAAGAAUCCAAAGUGGCAGAUGAAAACCUUUCCAAAUCAUCUGGCAAGUCUGUGAGCUUCGCAGCUAUGGACGACCUUGAAGAUUUGGAAGUAAAAAGAAAACGCGACUUUGAAGAAGGAGGCGGCUUGCCCGAACAACCUGAUAACAUUGAUUUUUCAACAUUGACUGCUUCUUCCGAUGUGAUUAUUAACAGACAGGCCACCAUCAAUAUUGGUACAAUUGGCCAUGUUGCCCACGGAAAGAGUACUGUUGUCAAGGCAAUUUCUUCAAAGAAUACUGUUCGUUUUAAAAACGAAUUGGAGAGAAAUAUUACCAUUAAAUUGGGUUAUGCUAAUGCCAAAAUUUAUAAAUGUGACAACCCAGAUUGUCCUCCUCCAGGCUGUUAUAAAUCUUUCAGUUCAAACAAAGAAGUUUCCCCCAAAUGUGAAGCUCCAAAUUGUAAAGGUCGUUAUAAAUUGGUUCGUCAUGUUUCCUUUGUCGAUUGUCCAGGUCAUGAUAUUUUAAUGAGUACUAUGUUGUCCGGUGCUGCUGUUAUGGACGCAGCUUUAUUGCUUAUCGCAGGUAAUGAACCUUGUCCUCAACCUCAAACUUCUGAACAUUUAGCUGCCAUUGAAAUCAUGAAAUUAAAGCACAUCAUAGUGUUGCAAAACAAAGUUGAUUUAAUGUCCAAAAAAUCUGCUUUUGAGCACCAAUUAUCAAUUCUAAAAUUCAUUAGAGGUACAAUUGCCGAUGGUGCUCCAGUUGUUCCAAUUUCUGCUCAAUUAAAAUACAAUAUUGAUGCUGUCAAUGAAUUCAUCUGUAAAACUAUUCCUGUUCCUGUGAGAGAUUUCAUGACUCCUCCCCGUCUUAUAGUUAUUCGUUCUUUUGAUGUCAACAAACCAGGUACUGAAAUUGACGAUUUAAAAGGUGGUGUUGCCGGUGGUUCCAUUUUAAGUGGUGUCUUCAAAAUAGGCGAUGAAAUUGAAGUAAGACCAGGUUUGGUUACCAGAGAUGCUGAUACCGGUUUAAUUAGAUGUCGUAGAGUAUUUUCAAACAUAGUAUCGUUGAAUACAGAAGAAAAUAGUCUAAAAUUUGCUGUUCCUGGUGGUUUAAUUGGGGUUGGUACGAGAAUCGAUCCUGCUUUAUGUAGAGCUGAUCGUUUGAUUGGUCAAGUUGUUGGUGCCAAAGGUCACUUACCUGAUGUGUUUAUUGAAAUUGAAGUGAAUUAUUUUCUUUUAAGAAGAUUGCUAGGUGUCAAAACUGAAACUACAAGGAAAAUCAAAGUCAAAAAAUUAGAAAAUAAAGAAAUUAUUAUGGUAAAUGUCGGUUCAAAUACAAUUGGUGCCACUGUCGUUGCUGUAAAGGCUGAUAUGGCAAGAUUGCGUUUAACAAAACCUGCUUGUACUGAAAUUAACGAAAAGAUCGCACUUUCAAGAAAGAUUGAUAAACAUUGGAGAUUGAUCGGUUGGGCUAAAAUUAAAAGAGGAACAGUUCUUCAACCAAUUUAA